AGUGCGAGUGCGUCAGCUGAUGCGUACCGUGACGUCACCGCGGAGGGGGCGUGCUAUGCAGUGAGAUUCGGCCAGCCAGCCAUCCAGGCAGGGAGGGAGGGAGGCAGGCUGGCUCGGCUCCCGUGCAGCUUCCUCGCCGCCGACUGUGCAUCUCCGAGCGCGAGCGGCCAUCCUCACCGCCGAUCAUGUGCCUGCGCUCAGGAAGUCGGCCUCGUUCCUCCCCCGCCGCUUCGUCGUUUGUCUGCGCCGGCUUGAGCAGCUUUUGACGCGCGGCCGCUGCUGGUUGGAAGCCGGCUCCUCAUCCUCGCACAGUCGCAGCUCAUGGAGGCCCCGGCGGAGGAGGCUCGGGAGUCGUUCCCUCUGCCCACUCUCACCCCGGCCGUGCCCCCUUACGUGACCCUGGGUCUGACGGUGGUCUACAGCGCCUUCUACUCGCUGCUCUUCAUUUUCAUCUACGUCCAACUCUGGUUGGUGUUGCGCUACCGGCACAAGCGUUUCAGCUACCAGACGGUGUUCCUGUUCCUGUGCCUGCUGUGGUCGGCCCUGCGCACGGUGCUGUUCUCCUUUUACUUCAAGAAUUUUGUGACGGCCAACACUUUGGGGCCUUUUCCGUUCUGGCUGCUGUACUGCUUCCCCGUGUGCCUGCAGUUCUUCACACUCAGCCUCAUGAACCUCUACUUUGCACAGGUCGUGUUCAAGGCCAAGUCCAAAUAUGCACCAGAGCUCCUGAGGUACAGGCUGCCACUCUACCUUGUCUUCCUGUUCAUGAGCAUGCUGUUUUUAGCCGUCAACCUGGUGUGCGCCAUGCUGGUGAGGACAUCCUCUGUGGACGCCCGCACCGUGGUGCUGGUGAGGGUGGCCAUCAAUGACACCCUCUUCGUUCUGUGCGCCGUCUCGCUUUCGCUGUGUCUCUACAAGAUCGCCAAGAUGUCCCUGGCUAACAUUUAUCUGGAAUCCAAGGGAACGUCGGUGUGCCAGGUAAGUGCUAUAGGAGCCAUCGUCAUCCUCCUGUACACGUCCAGGGCCUGCUACAACCUGGUGGUUUUGGGACUCUCAAACAAAAGCAUCAACUCCUUUGACUACGACUGGUACAACGUUUCUGACCAGGCAGAUUUACAGUCCACCCUGGGUGACACAGGCUAUGUCGUCUUCGGUGUGAUCUUGUUCGUAUGGGAGCUGCUCCCCACUUCUCUUGUAGUUUUCUUCUUCAGAGUUCGCCAGCCCAAGCUGGACAGGACCGGCUCGGGGCUCCCCGGUCACGUCUUCUCCUCCAGGGCUUAUUUCUUCGACAACCCUCGACGUUACGACAGUGACGAUGACCUAGCGUGGAGUGUCAUGCCUCAGAACAUCCAAGCCAGUUUGGCUGCCGACAGUUACGAGUGGGGGAGCCAGAGCAACAGCAUCAGUGCGUACGUCGGACGGGACGACAUUUACCACCUGCCGCCUCCUCCAGAGGAGCUCAGCCAUUACUGAUAAGAGGUCACAAUGACUUUAUUGACUCCAAAUGUUUUUUGCACACUGUUAUUAUCCUCGUGAAGCACACCAGACUCGAUACGUUCACAUUAGUUCCGGAGAAGAACAACUGCCAGUAUAUGAAGGACCACUGAUGGGGAAAAUAAUUUGCACAAUCCAUGUACAAAGAGGGCCCAAUCUUACUGCUCAUGUGUUUAGUUUAUAUUGAUGUCUGAUUAAUAUAUUCUCUGACCUUUUGCAUUAUGCACUGCAUCUGGAUGUACGCGUGUUCCUUUUCAUACUGAUUUCUUAAUAUAGAUGAUAUAGUUUAAAUCAUUAAAUAUGGCAAAAAUAGAUUGUAGUAAACUGUAUUUUUCAUUUUAUUUAGCAACACAUUUUGUGCUAAAUAGACAAGAUCAACUCUAGAAAAAGGGUGGAUACUUUUUGUGUAUGCAAUAAUAUAUAGGUACAUCCCAGUAAAUUAGAAUUUUGUAGAAACGAUAAUUUAAGUAGUUUAAUUCAAAAAGUGAAACUCAUUAUAAAGAUCAAUUGAACACACGCACAAAUACUUUUUAAAUGACCAAAUACUGAUCUAUUUUCUAUUAAAAUGUUUGGAUUUUUUAAAUGUAGUAUUCAAAUUUCUUGAAUUGCAGGUUUUUGUUAGCUGUGAGCUAAAUGAUCCAAAUUCUAAGAAACAAAGUAUAGUAAACCAAUAUAAUAUUGUAUAGGGAUUUCACUUUUUGAAUUGAAAUACUAACAUACAUUUCUGUGUAAAUUCUGACUCACCCAAGUCAUGGUAAUCUGCAAAAAUUGAAUCGUGGAAACUGGACUUUGCUUGUUUCACUUUUAAUCCAAAAGGCUUCUUCAGCUCUGAAUUUUUUAGGUGUGGCGUCGGUUUUAUGCCUCGGUGGUCACAAGAGGGUGUUGUUGUUGCCCGUCGUGGCUGGUGAACAAACAUCCUGCAUACCAACUGAUCGGUCCCCCGACUGGUGGCAAAACAGCUCAUUAGGGCCGCUCUUCCUGUGGAAUGAACAGUCUGCGGCGGGAAGGAUGUCAGGACAUUGCUAGAAGCAGACGACAGACGCGAUGCCUAAAACCUCCUCCUCUGUUUAGAGAUGGCUUUUCUAGUUUGACAAAAGAUGGCUACUUUUAUACUGUUCUCAAACCAGCAGUCCUCCCUAUCCCAAAAUUUGGACGUCAUUGUCCUCAAAUGAAUGACCCUCCUUUUUGAGAUGCAAAUGAACUGCUGACUCUGGAUGUCAAGAAGCUUCUUGUCGAUGUGCCAUGUGCUUGUAAAAUUAGUAAGUCAAGACAUUUAUAAUUAGAGUAAAUUAUGAAAUUUGUAUUUUUGAUGGCAGGUAAACAAACAUAUGUCACGUCAAUCUUUAAAUAUUUUUGAUGCCAUGUAAAAAUAUGUUGUUACACAUCUAAGUUGUGCAAAUGGAGUACAAAAGUAAAAAACAUCUGAGCGCUAUGUAUAGGCUGAAAAGGCAAAGUGCAUGUAAACUUAAAUGUUUAUUUUCUUUUGGAAAUUAACAAAUGUACACAAUAAUUUAUUAGCACACAUGGAGUACAAAAGUAAAUGUAUGAUGACAGGUCUGUAUUGCAAAAGUGCAUGUAUAUUUAAAACAUGUCUUUACUUCUUGGGGUUAAGGUUAGUAUCAUUAUUUGCAGGGUUUUUAAGUAAUACCUAAUUAAGUAGCAUGUUUGUGGCCUUGUGACAAUUGCCAGCACUUUCUUUGUCAAACCCCAUUCAUUUACUGCCUCUGUCAACAAGUUUGCUAUAUUGCUCCCUGUGUGGCUUCCGUUGCAGCAUUCUAGUCUGCAGAACACCAAUUCCCACUCGUUAGAAAUGAAAUGAGAAGUACAGUCGUAGUUACGUGCAUAGGGGUCAGUCGGUCUGGAAGCCCAACCAUCACAUGUAAGUGGCAUUCUUCCUGUCGAUUUGACCCUAGUGAGGAUAAGCAGUAAGGAAAAUGGAUGGAUAUUUAAUUGCUGGGGGGAGUGUUGCAAUGCAUUGAUGAAUCGAUAUUUUUACUCACCCCUGUGCUGUGAUCCAUGAUAGGGAGUUGUUCUGUCAUGAUGGUGAAGUUCCUUGGCUAACAAAUCUUUCUGAGUUAGAAGUCUGUUAGAUCAAUUCCUUGCCCAUCUUUCAUGGCUGAUGGGAGGCGAGCCUUGUUCCAGUGGAAUGGUUGUCGUUGCAGUGAGUAGAUCUUGGUAAGCAGGAUGGUCAUUCAAAAUUUAGAAUCGAAAACUUAAAGGUGAAACAUCAACAACAAAAAAGUCCAGUUGCCUCAAUUUAACCUUGGCAGAUUACUUUAAUAAAUUACAUGUUCCGCCAUA